GGGGACGGGCCGGGGCUGCCGGAGUUGGGCCCGGUCGGGGCUGGGGCCGCACGGGCCUUGCGGGGCUGUGUGUCCUGCGGGGGCCCUCGGUGAGGCGACCCUGCGUGAGGCCUCGGCGGGCCCGGCCGGGCCUGCCCCGGCUGUGAGGGCGCUGGGCCCGCGGCUGCUCCUGGGGCGGGAUAGCGGCGGUUGUGCGGCUCCGGAGGCCCGGGCUGCCUCGGCACGGCAGCUGUUGCGUGCUGGAAGUGACCGAAAGUGAAGGCCCUGGGGUGGCACCUGCCUGCAGAGCGUGGGGCGGGGAGCCCGGGCAGGAGCCCCUGCACUGGAGGGUUUAGACACAAACUCAACAACCCCAGGUUCCAGUUGUGUCGCGGUGGGAGCGGCUACAGGAUACCCCGUUCUACCAAGGCUCAACGCAAAGAGGUGUAAGGAAGAGGAGUUACUUUAACUGGAAUACAUUUAACUGGAUGAAAACCUGCCAACAGGACCAGCUCUGACCGCCCCAGGGUUCUGCUGGCGGUGAUGUCUCACUGGGCUGGGCUCCUCUCCGCCGCUGCCAAAGUCAACCUGCUGCUGUUGCUGGUUUCCGCGGUGUUUUCCUGGCCAAGCCGAAGCGACAGAGUUCCCGAGUUUGCCCUCACAAAAAUAGAAGAGAGCGACACGAAAGGUGACAGCGGGAAGGAGCCGGUGACAGAAGACGAUGCUGAUCCUGAGGACCUGGAGGUGUUUUACCCCACACGUCAGUGGCAAACCAUCCGGCCAGGUCAAGCUGUUCCUGCAGGGUCACACGUACGAUUGAAUCUGCAGACAGGAGAGAGAGAAGCCAAGCUCCCUGAUAGUGAACAUGGAAAAAGUGAAGUGACAGACGAGAGAAGAAGAAAAAGGCUGGGCAAGGUGGAUGUCGACUCCAAUUCAUUCACGUCCCAGGAGCUCAAAAGAGCGUUCGCUAAGAUGAAGGAGAGCGAAAAGGCAGAACGGAAGGCCCAUGAGGAAGAGGUGAGGAAGAAAUUCCGGCCCAUAGAGCAGCUGAAGGAGGAGUUUGAAAAGCUGAAUGUGAAGAUGGAAACAGAUUAUGAAAUUAUGGUUAAAUUAAUCAGCAAAUUCAACAGCUCUACCUCCACGCUGGAAGAAAAAGUAGCGGCGCUUUAUGAUCUCGAAUAUUAUGUUCACCAGGUGGACAACGCCAAGGACUUUCUCUCCAUGGGCGGACUCCGGCUGGUGAUCGAGGGGCUGAACAGCAGCGAGGCGGCGCUGAAGGAACACGCUGCCUUCGUCCUGGGCGCCGCGCUCUCCAGCAACCCCAAAGUCCAGAUCGAAGCCAUCGAGGGGGGAGCGCUGCAGAAGCUGCUGGUUAUUCUGGCUACGGAACAACCCCUGCCCGUCAAGAAGAAGGCCCUGUUCGCACUGUCCUCCAUGCUGAGACACUUCCCGUACGCCCAGCAGCAGUUCCUCAAGCUGGGCGGCCUCCAGGUCCUCAGGAGCCUCUUCAGACAGAAGGGGAUGGAGCCGCUGCACGUGCGGGUGGUGACGCUGCUCUACGACCUCAUGGUGGAGAAGAUGGUCCUUGAGGACUCGCAGCACGGAGACCAAACUCAGGAGAAGAUCCAGCAGUACCAGCAGGUCAGGCUGGUCCCGGCGGUGCUGGAGCAGGACUGGUGCGUGGUGGUUUCCAACCUGCUGGCCGUGCCGGAGCACGACACCCGGGAGAAGGUGCUCAAGACGGUGGCCGUGCUGAUGGCGUUCUGCAGGGAGCGGUUCCGCGGGGACCCGGCGCUCGGCAGCACCCUCGGCCUCCUGCGCAGCGAGUACGAGGAGCUGGCGGCCCAGGAGCAGAGGGAAGGCGACAAAGACGGGUAUUUCAAGGAACUCCUUGGCUCCAUAAACACCAUCAUUCAGGAAUUAAGAUGAAAACAGCUGUAGAUUCAGUUCAAUCCCAGAUAAUUCAGGGCAACAGCGUGAGUUUUGGUGGCACCAAUGUACGUGCACUUCUGAAUAAACUGGUGGACUAAAUGCGA